AGCCACAAUCGGAUGCGAACUUACGAUACCUAUGUUGGAAUUGGGUGGCUGAUUCCUGGUAUGGACCAGGGUCUCCUGGGAAUGUGUGUAGGGGAGAAGCGCAUUAUCACAAUACCACCAUUCCUGGCAUAUGGAGAAGAAGGAGAUGGGAAGGAGAUCCCUGGCCAAGCUUCUCUGGUGUUUGACGUGGCCCUGCUAGACCUCCAUAACCCCAAGGACGGCGUUGCUGUUGAGCAGCAGCACGUCCCCGAGCGCUGCGAGCGCAGGAGCCAGGCGGGAGACUUCGUGCGCUGCCAUUACAACGGCACGCUCCUGGACGGCACCUUGUUUGAUUCCAGCUACGCGCGCAACCGGACGUAUGACACCUACGUGGGGAAGGGCUACGUGAUCGCUGGCAUGGAUGAGGGCCUGCUGGGCGUCUGCAUUGGCGAAAGGAGGCGGAUAACAAUCCCUCCCCAUCUCGGAUAUGGGGAAGAAGGAAGAGGAAAGAUCCCAGGCUCUGCAGUGCUGAUCUUUGACAUUUACGUAGUCGACUUCCACAACCCUUCGGAUUCUGUCGGCAUAACCGUUACCUACAAACCUUCCAACUGCAGCGUGCUGAGCAAGAAGGGGGAUUACCUCAAGUAUCACUACAACGCGUCGCUCCUGGACGGCACCUUGCUGGACUCGACACUUAGCCUUGGCAAGACCUACAACAUCGUGCUGGGCUCGGGGCAGGUGGUGGUGGGGAUGGACAUGGGCCUCCAGGACAUGUGUGUGGGCGAGCGGCGCAGAGUGGUCAUCCCGCCCCACCUCGGCUACGGAGAGGAGGGUGUUGAAGGAGAAGUGCCUGGAAGUGCCGUCUUGGUUUUCGACAUCGAGCUGCUGGAGCUGGUGUCCGGGCUGCCCGAGGGCUACAUGUUUGUGUGGAACGGCGAGGUCUCUCCCAACCUCUUUGAGGAGAUAGACCAGAACCACGACGGAGAGGUUCUUCUGGACGAGUUUUCAGAGUACAUUCAAGCCCAGGUCGAUUCCGGCAAAGGGAAACUGGCUCCGGGUUUCGAUUUUGAGAAGAUUGUCAGGAACAUGUUCAGCAAUCAGGACCGCGAUGGGAACGGAAAAGUCACAGCCGAAGAAUUCAAGCUGAAAGACCAAGAGGCCAAAGAGGAGCACGACGAGCUGUAAAGCUAAGAGGC